GUAGCUCUGAGCAAGAUGGUGGGUUUUCUGAGCUCCUUUGUGCCCAUCUUCCUCAUGUUCCUCUUUCUUCUGCAGAUGCCAGUAAAGGGAACAGAACAAUUUUUGGUGCUUGGACCAGCUGAACCCAUCAUAGCCUUACUGGGGACAGACAUUUCAUUACCCUGCCAUCUCUCACCCUCGAUGAGUGCAGAGGACAUGGAAGUCAGGUGGUUUCGUUCCCAGAUCUCUGAAGCUGUGUUCGUGUUCCAAAUGGAUAUGGAACAGACUGGAGAGCAGCUAGUGGAAUAUAUGGGGAGGACAGAACUUAUAAGUGACUUCAUUACUGAGGGGAGUUUGGCUUUGAAGAUCUACAAUGUUCAAAUUUCAGACAAUGGAGAGUUUCGGUGCUUUUUUAAAAAAGGCAAUGAACAUCGAGAAGCAAUUCUGGAAGUGAAGGUGGCAGGUCUAGGAUCUGCUCCGCAGCUCCACUUGGCAGGGUAUGAGGAUGGAGGAAUACUGCUGGCAUGCACAAGAGAUGGAUGGUUCCCACAACCCCAGGUGCAGUGCAGAGACAAUAAGGAAGGGAAGUUACCCUUCCUUUCUGAGACCCAGGCCCAAAAUGGAGAUGGUUUAUUCCAUGUGAAGGCAACGAUUUUGGUCCAAGACAGUUCUGUGAGGAAUGUAUCCUGCUCCAUCCACAACACCCUCCUGGGUCAGGAGAAAAUGUCAGCCAUAAACAUACCAGAGUCCUUCUUCCCCAGGACUUCUCCCUGGAAAAAAGCCCUAAUUGGGAUCCUUCCUGUGUUUGGGAUUCUCCUUGGCAUCAGUAUGUUUUUGAGACUGAAAGACAGGAAGAAUUUAAAGAGAUUGCAACAGAAAAUGGAAGCAGAACAUGAAGCCAAAGAAAAACUCACAAUGGAGCUUGAAAGGAGGAAGGCUCUCUAUGAUUCAGAGUGGAGGAAGGCCCAUAUUUUUGCUGAUGAGUACUGGAGGAAGGAACACUUUAAGGCAUUGACUGUGACUCUGGAUCCAGCCUCUGCUCAUCAUGACCUCAUUCUCACAGAGAUGAAGAAGAGUAUGAUCCUGAUUCAAACAAAAAAGGACCAGGAAGAAGAAAACUGCAGUGUCCUGGGCAAGGAUCCCCUUAUGUCUGGGAGAUAUUACUGGGAGGUGAAGGUAGAUACUGGGAAAAACACCACUUGGAAUUUUGGUAUUUGUAGAGAAAAUGCAAACAAGGAAGGGUGACUCAGAGAGUCCCCAGAAAAGGGUUUCUGGGUGGUGGGAUGUUAUAAUGGGAAAUUUCAGGCAAUGACUAUGUCAAACUGGGGGAAAGACUCUCCAUCCCUUGGGCAGCCCCCACAAUGUGUGGGUAUUUUCCUGGAUCAUGAGGAAAGAAACAUUUCAUUUUAUAACAUGUCAGAUGGGUCUCACAUCUACAACUUCCCCAAAGCCUCCUUCUCUGGCCCCGUGUAUCCAUACUUUACUGUUCAGUCUGUCAAUACAUCUUUCACCAUCUGCAGUGUGUCAGACAGAACCAAGGGUAACCCUGCCCCUUCCCAGGAGACCCAAGUGGCCUGCCAGGAGCAGGGAGAGUUUCAUGGCCUUGGUGACAAGAAUUGGGCUUCAGAGGACAAAUCUCCCACAACACAAUAUCAUUCUCCACCUCAUUAUAAGCCUGUGUCCCAGGAUACCCAGUAA